ACAGCAUUCUGGCCUGGUAAGUUGCCAGCGUCGGAUCGUAGUGAAGUGAAGGGCUCCUCUCGACGCAAGACUUUUUUUAAAUAGUAAAAAAAAAAGAAGAAAAGAACGGGCUAAUAUAUACCUAUACAUACUGUUAAACAUAUAUAUAUAUAUAUACAUUACACACACACACACACACACACACAUACGUACAUACAGAUAGAUUCCGUUAAACGGGACAGAGUUCGCAGAUCGAGGAAUACGAAGGAAUAAUAAUCGGUGGCGUAAGACCCAAGUUUCGAGGAAUAUUUUUAAAUUUCAUUUACCACGGCAAGGAUAAGUCUGCCGAAGAAGAAGAAGAACAAGAAGAAGAAGAAGAAGAAGAAAAAGAAGAUAUAUUGGGAUAAGGAAGAACGAGAAUUUAACAAUCGUACGCAGCCGUUGGGAAUGUAGAAAAAAUUUUGAAGGAAGACGGCUGUAUCGAAACCAGUUGACAAAGAUCGUUGCGUUGAAAAAUAAGUUUUCUACAUAGACGUUAUACAGUAACACAGCUACGCGCACGAUUAAUUGAAUCGAAUUAAUUAAUUAUAUAAUUAAAACUAACUUAAUGUUGAAGGAAAAACGAGAGAAGAAGAGAAGAUAAGAAGAGCCGCCACCCCAAAACUCAACCCGUCGAGGAUCUAUAUUAAUUAUACGCUUAUUUAUUCAAUACAAUCUUGGACGCUCCGAACCUAUUUAUUGCAUAACACGUAUUUAUAUAUAUAUGUACAUAUAUAGAUACAUAUAUGUACCCAUACAUAAGUAAUAAUUAUUGUUGUCGAAACAAUAACGAUAUUUAAAACCAGACAACCGAGUUCUGCCGAGUGCUGGAAUAGGAAAAGGACAGAUCGUCGUUUUUCUUUAUCCACCUAUACAGUAAGAAAAUACGAGACUGAGAAUUGAAUGGAAUAAUCAACAAAGUGAGUAAUGUGUGUGCGAGUUAUGUGCAUAUAAAAUUAAGGAAUCGUCGUUUCGGCGUUCAUACCGUCAUCGCCGUCGUCGAAGUUGUCAACGUCACUGUUUCUCGUUGUGACAACAACAACGAUAAAAGUAAUAGUAAUAAUAAUAACAACAACCACAACACAGUAAUAGUAAUUAUUGUCAUUAACGUACAACCGUCGUACGAUUAUUCGACAUUGAGGGAGGUGAAAACAGUGAGUCGAGAGUUUGAAAAGAAGAAAAAAGUCGUCGGUUUAUUAUAUAUAUUUAUUUAUAUUUUUCAUCCCUGGUUCUGUUCUGUAAAAUUUAAUUGUGUGCGGUGCGCGGUGUGUCUCUCCGUUGUACCUAUACGUAUAUGAUAUAAGAUCCCGUUUUGUGUUUCGUCGUUUUCAUCAUCAUCAUCAUCAUCAUCAUCAUUAUCAGCAUCAUCGUCGUCGUCGUCGUGUUAUUCUUCUUCGUUUCACCGUAUCUGCGUGCGCCCAGUCGUUUGCCAAAUCCGAGCGUAUAUAAAUAAGGAUUUUGUACAGAGAAGAGCGUGGAGGAAAUAAGUAAGAAUCUACGAUGGAUCUUCUCUGCUGCGAGACUACCGAAACUGAGUGCAGAGGUUACGCCGAUCCGGCGCUGCUAAACGACGACAGAGUGCUACAGAACCUUUUGAAGAGCGAGGAAAGGUAUGCGCCUAGCAGUUCAUAUUUCGAGUGCGUGCAGAGGGACAUUUCGCCGAUGAUGCGAAAGAUCGUUGCGGAAUGGAUGCUAGAGGUAUGCGAGGAGCAAAAGUGUCAGGAGGAGGUAUUCCCACUGUCGAUGAACUACGUCGACAGAUUUCUGUCGAUCUGCCCGAUCAGGAAAUCCCAGCUACAGCUCCUGGGCACCGCGUGUCUUCUGCUAUCCUCGAAGCUGAGAGAACCCCGGCCUCUGUCGGCCGAAGUCCUCGUAUUCUACACCGACAAUUCCGUCAGCUUCGACGACCUCUGGCGGUGGGAACAGCUGGUUGUGUCGAAGCUUAAGUGGGAGUUGUCAGCGGUGACGCCGGGCGACUUCCUUCUACACAUCCUCAGCCGUUUACCGGUUGAUCCACCAGCCUGGGACUCCCGGAUGAUUCGGAGACACGCGCAGACCUUCAUUGCCCUCAGCGCGAGAGAAUACAAGUUCUCGAUGUACACACCGAGCAUGAUUGCGGCGGCCAGCGUCGCGGCGGCUUUACACGGUCUUGACUGGACGCGUAAAAGCGGUUACGGUCUGCCCCGUCUUCUCGACGAGUUAACCCGCAUCACCGCUAUCGAACAGGAUUAUCUGCAGGGAUGUCUCGUGCAGAUAGAAGAGAUGGUGUCGUCCCAGGCACAAGGAACCGGGGGACACACCUCCGCGACUUCCGGAAGCGUAGUUGGGGGGCCUCCGCAGAGGCCGGUGGGGGACCAGAACACGGGUCAGGAAAAAAUUCUUGAAUAUGGGAAAGCGGGAACGCCGACCGACGUGAGGGACGUUCAUUUCUAGGCCAUGACGGCCCGAAGACGGCGACAAAUUGAUAUGUAAAGCAUGAAUGAUAGAGAGGAAAUUAUGGACGAAAAACAGUGAAGUGAGUAACGCAAUUGGCCUCCGCCGGAGAAAAGGGGACAAGUGAGGGAAGGAAGAGGAGGAGGACAAGAUUCGUUGCUUGCACGAAUUGUAGCACUCGAUACAUUUCUCGGUUUUAAAAAACUGGAACACUGCGGAAUCCGACGGUUGCUUUAUUAUAUCAUACACAAGACGCCGUUUUGCACGUAUCAUUCUAUGUAUAUACAUACGUCAUAGUUCUCUAGCGAUAGAGACCGAGUUGGAGUUCGCCUAGUUUGAAAAGUGAGGAAAUUGUUCAAUUUUCUUUUUUUCCCUCCCCUCCCCCCACCCCCAAAGAAUGCGAAAGUACGCAAGAAAUGUAAAAUAAAGUUAGAAUUAUGAGAAGAUUUAAAUAAAAAAGAAAAAUUUAAAUUAACAUAAUUGAAGGGAAUAGAAAAAGAACGCAAUCAAAUUGAAUAAAUAGAUGAACGAGUAAUUCAGGCACAAAAAUCAGCAGGUAUAUUGUAUGAUACGUAUUCCCGGAUUUGCAACAAAAACGCGCAUGAUGGCGAAUGUAGGUAAAAAUUUAAUUAAUGCAUUUUAUUAUACGCCAGAGAGUCACGGUGAAAGUAGGAGAAGCAAACAUAGUGGAUAAAGCAACCGGAGAAUAAUAAUUGAUGAUUGUAAAAAAAGAACCCUUUUCUGGACCAUAUUGGAGUUAGUGUGGUGUAAGAUGUAUGGUAUCAGUGUACGACUUUAAUAAUUAUGGAUUCGUGUAUUGAAAAAAGUACGAAUGGAACAGUAUCGUAGCUUUACAUACAUGUGCAUACCUAUACACCUAUUAUAUGCACCACUGUCAUUGCAACUUUUUUUCGUUAUUCUUUUUUUUUUUUGUAUAGCGCGAGAAGUCGCGAAGGGUCGUAGGGUCGGGGAGGGGGGGAGGGGUAGGCGUGCUGGGGGAAGGCAAUUCAAUACGCUUUUUACGCAUUAUUACUAAGGAAACUUAAUUUUUAAUUGAUAAAUCAAUACUACUGUUACGUUAUAGUGAGUUUCGAACGAGAAAGAAUGAUUGAAGAAGAUAAAAAACAUUACAAAAACAAUAAAAAAUUGAAGGUGAAAAUAAAAAAUUAUACGCAUGCACAUUUGCAUACAUACACACAUAUACGCACACACACAAACUAAUACACAUUAUACACACUAAAUUAACUAGAAACUAAACGAUUCAAAAAAUAAAUAUAGUCAUAUCGAGUCAUAUAUAGCGUCUGUACAUACGAGUUAUGAAAAAAAUAAAAAAAAAAAAAGAAAAUGAAUAAAAACAACGAAUAGGUAGUUUUAUAUUAAUGUAUUAUUAUCAAUAUUUACUCACGAGUAAUACUUUAUUCUAUUUUAUUUUCUUUUUUUUUCGUUCCCUUUCUUUUCUUAAAUUAUGACCUGAAGCGUUAUAGGUCGAAACUCUUUUUUUAAACUCUGUUUCGGAAAGAACAUUAAUAUUAUUAUUAUUAUUUUGUAUAUGAAUUAAAAAAAAAUGAAAUUUUACAUUUUACUAUCACACGUUUAUAUAAUAUAUUUGGAAAAAACGAAAUUAAGAAUGAAACAAAAGCAAAUAAAAAUUUACAAAACAAAAAAAAAAUAAAUAAAUAAAUAAAACCAAUUAAUCUUACGUUAAAUUUUGAUAUCACGUCGUGUAUAUAGGCAGUCGCGUAAAGUGUAAAAGAUCGGGUAGCAUUAAGGCCAGCCUAUUAGUAUGUAAAAACUAAUAAUUACAAGUUUUUGAAAUUACGUUAGCUGUGUUGGUAGAUUAGCGAGUAGGUGAGUGAGUAGGAGGGUAAGGAAAUGUGCAAAUGAGUCAAAAGGUAGGUAAUUGAAUGAGUAAGUGAAGUUCAGUCUGAAAUAAGCUUGAGAUAAGCGGACAAUAAGCGUUAAGUGUGCAAGUGUUGUUGAGCUAGAGUUACAACUAUAUAUAUGGUAUAUAUUUACAUAGAAGUAGAAAAGAAAAUGGAAGAAAAAUAAAGAGAGAAAUGGUUAAGUAAAACUGGAGAAAGCGUUGGAAAGAAAAGACUGCUGUUUAUGCGUUGCGUGGGUCACUGACGUGGAAUGAAUGAAUUUUCAGAUUGUUGGGUAUCAAAAAAUCAAUUGAGUGAAUGAGAUAACUAGUAAGGAGGUAGGAAAGAAUGAAAUGGAAAUACGGAGAGGUGGCAGUACUUAAUGAAUCAAUUGCAAGCCUAUGCUAGAAGUAGCACACAUAUACAGCACUAAGUAAAAGCCACUCUCGCUCCACAUAUUAUGUAUAACUAGUUUAGCAGGGGCACUACCUUGUUUACUGUCGCAACCAAAUGUAGUACAACCUAUAAAUAUUUUGUUAGAAUACGUGCGAUUACAACAAAUAGAAUAAAAAUAUUUAGAUUCGAAAAGAACGAAUAACUCGAAGGACAGGAUAAACGAUUGUGGAAUUCGAUUAUAUCAUCUUUCCAUCGAGUGAGCAUUGGAUAGUAGUGUAGUAUAUAUUUUUCUUAUCUGUGUCCAACUAUCCUAGUUACUAUGUAUUAUAUCUCUCCGACUAUUUCUGAUACCACUGUCAAUUUUUUUCUGCCGAUACCUUUUACUGCACUAUUACAUACUACACAAUUUUAUUACCUCCGCCGAUUCUCCUACUGCUAUCACUACAUCAUAUAACAAUGCUACUACUAAUUGUAAGCUAUUACCAUUACGCUUUAAGUACAGUAAUACAUUAUAGACGAACUACUACUACUCAUAAUAAGCAAAUAUCCCCUGUAAAAUAUAAUGAAAGAAAGAGGGUUAGAUAGGGGAAAUACGAAAAAAAAAAAGAAAACUGUUACGAGACCAUCUGUAAAAUUGAACUUCCCACGCUGCUGUUUCCCAGUGCCUUAGUUAGCUUUAGAAUAUACAAUACAAUAAAUGAAGUUGCUCCUCUUCUUAAGAAUGGCACAAACUAUCAUUGGAUGGGGCUCGCGGUUUUUUUUUUUUUUUUUAUUGUUUUCAUCGUAACGGACAUAUAUUUGUGAAAUUGAGAAUCGCGUUGGGUGAAAAGGGUGAGAGGGUAAAGAGUCGCUUCGCCCGAAAAAAAAAUGAGACUGCCAAACAAGUAAUGUUAGGAAUGUGUUCGUGUUGUGUGUACUUCUAGCCUAUACAUGUGUACAUAUAUGUAUGUAUACUAAGAAUAAUGAUAAUAUAGCUGCUAAACUGUAAUUUUGCGUGAGCACCCGUGCCUUAACUAAAUCUCUGCACUUUGAUUGUAACUAUUUUAUUUUUAAUUUGAAAAAAAUUAAUUUUUUCAUUUUCAUUUCCCUUUUUCUACGCCUUUAUGUGGCCCGAACUUGAUGUGUAUAUACAUACAUACACAAAUGUAAAAAUGCAUACGCAUGCGCGUGUGUGGGGAAUACUACUAGAAUGAAAAAAUAAAAAAUUAAACGCCGCGCACAUGCGUGCAUACAUUUAUAUAUCUAAACACGCAUAUACCCUAUUUUAUGCGUUUGUGCAUAUGUAUAUUACUAUAUUGUUUAUCUAAUAUUAAUAUUACUAUUACCACUAAGUUUAUUUACUAUUAAUAAUAAUUGAAUUAUUAUUUGUGGAAACGCGGUUUGUAGUCAUUGAUACAAUGGCAACGUAAGUGAUGCAUUUGCUGGGUAAACGUACAUACAUAACAUACAUAUAAUGUAAUGCAUAAACAGAUACAAUAUAAAUAUAGAUAAGUUGUACUUGUUGCUUUCGUUCGGUAUAUGAUUGAUUUCUUUUCUUUUUUUUCCUUCGUACUGCUACGUAAUUUUUUUUAUUCGUCCUCUCUUGUAGGGACUGGCACUUUGAAUAUACCUUGAAAUCGCGCUCCGUAGCGAACAACUUGAACUUUGGAAGCAUCUAAGAUCAAUAGAUUUAUUAACAUUGCUUAUUGUUAGUAUGAUCCUAUUAUGAAAAUGUAUAACAUUUACAUAAUACCUAUUCAAGCCCCCACAUAUUUUAAUUUAAUAUUAUUACAUAGCAUUGAUUUAUGGUAAAAUGUAAGCUAUGGUAGAAGGGAAUGAUCGCGUGAACGGUAAUAACUAAUGUUGUUAAUCUUAUUUACAAAUAGAAUGUGUAAAAGGACGUAUAUGGAACAGUGAGGUGUUGACGAUUGCAGAUUUUCUUUCUAUCGUAGAUAACAUAGUCUAAUUAUCGUAAGGAAUGAAACAUUUUACUGCCAGUCAUUUUAAUGCAACAGUUUAGAUCUAAGAACUUAUUUACAAGAAAUAACAACCACACAAUACGGAUUUUUUGUGUAUUACAUACUUUUUCCGUUUUCCGUGAUUAUUCAAUUACACAGUUUAACAGGAAUUAAAGCGGCAAUAGCUGGACCACUGAUAUACCUCAGAUCACACACAUACAAAUGAUUCCCUUUAUUGACUAUAGUUUUAGCCCUCGAAAUCAUACAUGCGUCAAUUUUUAUUCUAGAAUGUAAUUACUAUAAUUUGAACAAUAAUUUCAACUUAUGCUAUGUGUAAAUGUCACCUUUGUACAUAUCUUGUUGCGUUGCAUGACGCAAGAGAAUCGAUUCGAAAUAAAGUAUUUGUAUUUUAUACAA